CGCGCUAACCGGCUGACCAAUUAAAAGACGUCAGUGCCAGCGGGUAAAAAUCAAGGUCCCUGGAAGGGGGCCAAAAUUCGAAAAAUGCGCAAUGUGCUUGAUGCGAAUGCCAAUACGACUCUCUCUACAUAUUCUUUGACGGAGACACACAUCUCAGCCAAACAAAUGCCCUCGCCCGAACCUAGGAAGCCACUGAUGCAAAGAGCGGAGGACAGCAAAAGGGUUAUUUCAAGCCCAGCCGAAGCCAGGGUAUUGUGGAUAUUGUGGUAUGCUGCAUCUCCCAAUUUGAUAAUCGUACACUCCCAAGAUCCAACAGUCAUCGUGUCAGCAGCUAGAUUACUCAAACAAAAUAGCAACACAUACACGGCCAUAGCUCCACACAUGCCCUCGCCCGAACCUAGGAAGCCACUGAUGCAAAGAGCGGAGGACAGCAAAAGGGUUAUUUCAAGCCCAGCCGAAGCCAGGGUAUCGUGGUAGGCUGCAUCUCCCAAUUUGAAAAUCGUACACUCCCAAGAUCCCAACAGUCAUCGUGUCAGCGNAAGCCACUUGGAAGUCACGAGGAAGCCAAGUCCUGCUCGCAGGUUCUCUUGGCUUACCUUCAGGUGAACACGUCCAGGAAUCCAGUAUCCGCAAUCGCCGCAGUAGCACUCACUGUACUGCGUAGUAGGAGCAGCAAAUCCAGGUUGCACCCAUCCGUUGUCCAAACAAAGAUUUGUGAUUCCGUGAGAGAAGGAGAUACCACCGCCGUCGAAGGGUCGAAGGCACUGUCUGCCAGAUGUAGACUGUGAGAUAGAUGGAGCCACCUAUGUGUUCUUAGCCUGCCCGCCCGUGAGGGUCGUGACGAGGCCGCUGUGAGAGUGU